GUAGCAAGCAACAACAGCGGACACAAGCACAAUCAGUGACAUUGCUUCGCCGUUUCUGCUGCCUGUGGAGAUGGCGACGAUGGACAGCGAUGCACGGCAGGCGCUGGCCAUUGUGGCGCAAGAACAGGCAGAUGUGGCAAUGGCAUGCGGGCUGAUGCUGACGUGCCGCGGCUUGUUCGAUGCUGUGCCCUUCACGCUGCCCUUGCACGCAGCGGCACACCGCACUGUGCGCCGCACUCUCCUUCAAAGGCACAAGGCGCAUGGUGGGGACGAUGAUGAUGAUGAUGAUAAUGCUGCUUCAUACUCCAUGGCGGUGGUGUGGUCAUGGGACAGAGAGGUGGCACAGGACUCGUUCGUCGAAGCCAUGUUCUGGAGGUACACGUGGCUGGGCAUUGCAUGGGCCAUCACGUCCGUGCCCCAGCACAUCAUCACGCCAACGGCCCAGCCACUAUCACCUCAGCACCAGCAGGAGGCUGCUGCAAGCACCCCCACAACCACCACCACAACCACCUCUAUCACUGGCCCCACACAACCACAACUUGAACUUGAACAACACCAACAACACCAACAGCACCAACAGCACCAACAGCAUCAGCAGCAAGGGCAGCGGUCGUCCAAGGCAGCUGCCACCUUGACGCUAUUCGUGGAUUGCCGGAACCCGCAGCACUCAGCGAAGCUGCAAAGACUGCCUCCACUUUGCUGCCGCAGCAUGCACAUUCGGCUGGCACAGAGGGGUGCCAUCGGCGUUCAAGGGGAGCACAGCAACAGCAAUGCCGACGAUGACCACGAUGAUGGCGAAGGUGAUACCUUCAACCAGCGUCAGCAGCCAGUAUCGCAAGCACGGCCUAUGCCGGCCAACCAGCGCGUUCAACACUUUCUGGCAGCAGCCUUGAGGAGCGAAGCUGAGGGCACGGGGCAAGUACAGCACCAGCAGCAGCAACAACAACACCAGCAAGAAGGCGUAGUCCGAGACGGGCAAGACAACGAACAGCAGCACCAGCAGCAGUGGGGAGGAGAGGCUGUACAUGUACAAGGAUUCGAAGACAUGGGCCAGUUCGAGCACGUGCACUCACUGCUUGCUCAGCGCGACGUGACAACAGCGCUUGCCGCUACGCACCAGCUGUAUUUGGACGUGCGUGCGCUUCCGCACCAUGUGUGCGUAGCCAUCGCUUCCCAGCUGAGGGCCAGCACGCCCACCAAGCUCUGCGGCCUUGCCACCACAAACUCAAGCUUGCUCACAGUCAUUCCUCACCAAACACGCGUCCCACGCACGCGCAGCGCGAAGGACAUACCCGCAACAACCACCGCAACAAGGACACCAACAAGCACGACCACUGCACGCGAGAGGAGCGAAGAGGAAGGCGAGGCCGACGUGUAUCGUCGCAAGCUGGAUUACCUGUUGGUGACUGGUGAUGUUGCUAUGCAGGAGCACAUUGACCUCUCGUACAUCCGCCACCUCUACAUUGAGGGAACGACAGUGGAGCCUGCGACUCUCAGCUUCAAGCACAUCGACACGCUGUACCUGUCCGUCACUGCUAACACCACCCUCAACUGUCGCGAGCUUGCACACGUUGACAAGCUGUUUGUGGACAGUGCACUCGAUACAUACCGUGCGCACCGCCCCACCGGGCUUGCUGCCGAGCACGUGCAUGACGUUGGCCGCAUCACCGCCACAUCAGUCGCUCUCGAGCCAGCGCGCUUGGAGCGUGUGCUUGCCCUGCACGUGCACACGUCCGCUGUCAUUCCGUUCAAGCGCUUCACGGGCUUGCGCCACCUGCACGUCAGCACCGAGCAAAGCGACACACUGCGCACACUUCCGUCACUGCCAGCCCUUCGGUCACUCCACAUUGACCACGUCUACUCCUUGGUUGCCAUCAGUGCUCUGCCUGCAUUACGGUCCCUCACCGUGUCGUUUUGUCCAUCGCUUCGUCACAUUGACGACGACUGCGCGCCAGGCAUCGUGCAUCUCCAGCAGGUACCUCGCCUCAGGGCCAUCAACCUGGCUCGCGCAACCCACGUGCACAUCAUGCACGACACUGGGCUGACAUCGCUUGUGUCGUUGCGGCACCCGGCACUGCUGCGUAUUGAUGUGCGCGACUCAACGCCACCCGCCCUCACCACCACGGCUGUCCUUAUGAGGGCCACCCGUCUCCACAUCGCCCUGUGUGCAACACGCCCAGCCACCUCGCAGCGUGUGCUCACUGCGGCGGCGCAGCACCCAUGCCUGGAGCUGACGCUCAUGCACAACACACGCGUGUCUGAGCUGCCACAUUUGCCCCACCUGCGUCGGCUGGCAGUCAACACGGCUGUGGUGCCCGAUAUGCGGAAAUGGCCUGGCCGCCUGCCCGAACUCAAUUUGAUUCGCAUUCUGAACGCGGGCUCGAGUGAUGGCCGCGAUGGCAACGGCAGCGGUAGUACCGGCCCUGAUGUUGGGAAGAGAGGGCAGAAGGAUGAGAAGAGGGAGGAGGGGGAGGAGGCAGAUGAGGGAGAAGCAGAGGACGGGGAAGGGAAGGCGACACAGCAACAACAGCAGCAACAACAACAACAGCAGCAGCAGCAACAACCACAGCAGCAGCACCGCCACUACCAUCACCAUCACCAGCCACCGCCGCUCCACCUUCCUCCAGCAAUUGGCCGUUUGCGCAUGGACACGUGCCUGUGUAUCAAGCGCCUGCGCUUGGAGAAUGUGGAGGAAGCGACUGUGCGUGGAUGUGUGGUGCUGCAGCGGUGUCACCUUGCCAACGUGCGGCGUGUCACGUUUGACUACCUGCCAGCACUGACGCGCAUCACACUGCAACCGUCAUCGCCACCACCGCAGUGCGUGUGCAUCCGUCACUGCUUUGAACUCUCCAGCACAGCAGCACGUGAACUGAGAGAGCAGGGCGUGAAGCGCGUCGUUGUUCUGGGGGAGGGAGGGGAACGUGGGACGCAGGGAGGGGUUGGAUGGACGGAGUGAAACUUAAUAGUUAUUGGUUGUACCGACAUGAAUGAAUGUAAUAGACGAC